AUGUCUUGGUAUGCUGGCAACAAGUCAUCAAUCAGGGACGUGGCUGGACGCUUUAGUAUUGCACACAGAGUCAUCUGCUUCCCUGAAAAUCUGGAGGGCCUGGCUCAAGAAUUUGAGAAAAUAUCUGGAUUUCCUGGGGUCAUUGGCUGCAUUGAUGGCACUUUCAUACCAAUCCGGUGUCCUGCGCACAAGCCCGGUGUCACGUACGUCAACCGGCACGACACGAUCUCACUGACACUCCAGGGAAUUUGUGACAACCGCCGCCGUUUUCUGGACGUGUCAACAGGCUUUCCCAGCAAGAUCCAUGAUGGGAGAGUCCUCACACUGUCCAACAUAUCAAAACGUCUGCCUUCUCUGUGUGAUGGUGGCAGGUACCACAUUCUUGGUGACGCUGCUUAUGCUUGCUGGGAAUACCUUAUAAGUCCAUAUAAGGACUAUGGAAACCUGACAGAAGCGCAGUCGACAUUUAACACGAAGCUGAGUGCCACAAGAGUGCUCAUUGAGAACACCUUUCGCAUUCUAAAGCAAAGAUUUCGGCAGCUAAAGGACGUAGAAUUUUUUUCAGUGGAGAGGAUGCGUCAGUUGAUCAUGUCGUGCUGCGUUGUACACAAUCUGUGCAUCGAUGCUAAUGACCUCAUGGAGGAUAGUCUCCAGGAGACCCAAGAAGAUCUGGACCCUGGAGAUGGAGACGUCGGGGAAGAGCAAACUGCGCUGCGCACCCUUGGUGAAUUGAAGCGUCAGUGGCUUGUCAACAUGGUAGCACAAUAAAUUUGCAGCAGGGGCUCUCACACUGUCUGACCCUUCUGACCCUGUCGGCACUUCGUGUGAUGUGGAAGGCAGUGUACCACAUUCUAUGGUAGCAUCACAGGGAGGCACUUUUCUCCUGACGACAGUAACAUUCCAUAUUACUGUGGCUGUAUACUGUCGUCUGCUUGGCGUAUCUGCUCCAAUUCCCUUUCAUAUGGCACAGCUUGCCUGCUUCGGCCAGAUGUCCUGCUAUUAUCUAUUGCCUUUUUUUUUUCCUCUUCAUUACUGUCUUAGUUCUUACGUCGCACAGGUUUGGCGUUUUUGUUGUGUUUAGAAUCCUGUUUAAUUCGUGGGAUAUUGACUCAAACAUUUGGUUUUUGCUUUUCAACUUUGUGUAUGGUCCUAUCUGUGUACUAUAACGACUGUAUAAGUCCAUCAAUAACAUUGUCUCUCCGUCUGUGCAUUUUGAUACUGAAAGAAAAAAAAGGCAAACGUUACAUUUCACUGCACCUCUACUUCAUAAUGAAGUUGUGUAAAGUCGUAAUCAAGUUAAAACACCUUGUAGGGUGUCCAACUCCCUCUUUCCCUUAAACCGUACCUUUGGUAGUGCAUUUGGCAGGAGAAAACAAGGGGGAAAAUACUCCUCCCUAUUUAAAGUUCUCAUAGAACCCAUCCCGAAAUAUUUUUCUAGCUAUGCGCUACUCUGCACUGAUGUUGGCUAUACUCUGUAUCAACCUUGCAGAUUAUAUGCCAGACACUUAAUGCUUUCCUAUAAAUAGCCACAGUAUGUGUAUUUAGCGUCUCACAUUCAUGUGAGGAAAUGUUUCUCUACAGAACACAACCUCACUUUGUACAAUAUACAUUACCUGUGCUGUUGGCUGACUCUCCACGUGUACUUGCAACCGCACUGCUGCUUUGAAUUUCUGUGUUGAGAUGAAAUUAAAUGGUAUUAUUAAUGGUAAAAUUGGUGAAUGGUAAAAUUAAAAUGG